AUGUCGUCGAAACAUGAUAUCCCCCAGCUUGGGCUUUGGGAAAGAGCAGAUAUCCCAUUCAUGCACUUGUCAGUGUACGCCAGCAUGGUGUAUGCUGCCAUUACCGGUGUUUUCCGGGGCAAAGGAAGCCCCAAACGCUACGAUCACCAUGUUCUGACAGCCGUAUUUCGGAAAGUGAUUGAUCGUAGGUCAGAUCGGCAGAUACAGUAUCUGACUCCCCCCACUUCAGUCGCCUACGCAGAUGUCAUGAAGAAGCGUGGUCUCGAACCCGAGACCGUCGCCCUCCCACAUGACGUAGAGGGCCACUGGAUCGGAAAUAAAGACGCCAAGAACGUGAUUAUAUACUAUCACGGUGGUGGUUUCGCCAUGCCCGCCAUUGCUGCAUACUUCGAAUUCUGGCUGGAGAUGUUGAAAGCCUUGAACGAAACCGGCCAUGACCUAGCCGUUUUCUUCCCCCGGUACACGCUAACCCCACACGCGACGUACCCAACCCAACUCCGCCAAGCCGUCGAGGCCCUGCGCUACAUCAUCAACGAGACGGGCCGCUCACCCGCCAACGUGAUUAUCGGUGGGGACUCCGCGGGCGGGAACCUGACUACCGCGACACUGCUGCACUUAUCUCACCCGCACCCCGAGAUCGAGCCUUUGACGCUGUCGACGCCAUUGGCGGGCGCGUUUACAUACGCGCCCUGGAUUCAAUUUAGUACAGAGUGGCCGUCGAUGAAGGAGAAUCAGUGGAAGGAUAUUGUUACCGCGCCUACUUUGACCAGGUGGUCUGAUUCGUAUCGAGCGGACAAACAGGCGGAUAAUUGGAAUGAGCCGUUUAAUGCGCCGGCUGAGUGGUGGAGUGGUGUUAAGGCGGAGAAGAUUUUGGUCCUUGUUGGUGGGGAUGAGAUCUUGCUUUCGCCUAUUCAGGAGUUUGUGAAGAAGAUUAAGUCGGUUUAUGAGGAGAUUACUCUUGUUGUUGGGCAGGAUGAGUCGCAUGAUGCGCCGUUUUAUACUAUGACCAAGGAGGACUCUCAGACUAAGACGGAGUUGCGGCGAUGGUUGGCUGCUCGGUUGUGA